AUGUCUCCCGCAGCUCUCGUUGAAGCCGGCAGCAACAUGUCACGGUACCUAACCCGCGUCCGACCACUCCGUCUCAUUGGACCUCAUCUGACCCCAAGGAAACUUCCCAGACUCGCAGUACAGCCCGUCGAAGCCCCCGUCGUGGCACCCGCGAACCCCCUCGUCGCGCAGGAGAGGAGCUUCAACUCGACCCCCAAGUCCCUCGGCCUCGGCGCCACGACCCCCCAGGUCGCUCGCGGCCUCCCCGAGUUCAGCCUCCAGGGCAAGGUCAUUGUCGUCUCUGGCGGCGCGCGCGGACUCGGUCUCACCCAGGCUGAGGCCCUCCUCGAAGCUGGCGCAAUAGUCCACGCCAUCGACCGCCUCCCUACCCCCGACCCCGACUUUGAAAAAGUCGCCCUCCGCGCCACCGCCGAGCUCGGCACCUCGCUCUCCUACCACCAGGUCGACGUCCGCGACGUCGCACAGCUCAACGACAUUGUCGAGGGCAUCGCCAACCAGCACGGCCGCAUGGACGGCCUCAUCGCCGCCGCGGGCAUCCAGCAGGAGACCCCCGCGCUCGAGUACAAGGCCGAGGACGUCGACCGCAUGAUGGGCGUCAACGUCACUGGUUCCUUCAUGACCGCCCAGGCCGUCGCGCGCCAGAUGGUUCGCCUCGGCACCGGCGGCAGCAUCGUCUUGAUUGCCAGCAUGAGCGGUACCGUUGCCAACAGGGGGUUGAUCUGCCCCGCAUACAACGCAUCCAAGGCCGCCGUCCUGCAGCUCGGUCGUAACCUGGCCGCCGAAUGGGGCGCCCACGGCAUCCGCGUCAACACCAUCUCACCCGGCUACAUCGUCACCGCCAUGGUCGAGGCGCUCUUCGUGGAGUACCCGGAGCGCAAGGUCGAGUGGCCCAAGCACAACAUGCUCAACAGGCUCAGCCAGCCUAGUGAGUACCGCGGUGCCGCCGUGUUCCUGCUCAGCGACGCUAGCAGCUUCAUGACGGGCAGCGACCUGCGCAUCGACGGCGGACACUGUGCCUGGUAA